CGAACUGCUAGAGUUCUCGAACUGUUCCCUGAAAAUACUCCACCUGCUGAAGCUCAGCCAAAACCCACAGAUGCACCCCGGUUGAUUGGAAUUGGCUCUCAGUCUGAUGGCACACUUUCUCUGAGCGGCUUCAUUGACUCUGAACCUGUCUUUAGUGAAGAAAACCCUUUCAGAGCUAUGCUCCUACUACUUGCGCUGUAUUUUGUGGUUGACAUUAGAUGGCCUCCACUUCUUCGCCUCCCUUUAAUUUUCUUAACAUGUGCCAUUGGUUGCUUAAAAAAAGUCAGGAGCGAUGUAGUUAAGAAUCAAAAGCUUGUCACAUUCCUACGUCAAAUGAAUGCCUAUGAUUAGGGUGAUGUACAUUUUGUUAACAAUCCAUUUGCUCCCCCUGUUCUUUGAUUUCUAUAUCUUGACUUUUAUAUCUUAACAUUUCUAUUAGAGAAAAUCUAAUGUAAUGUUGAAUUUUAUUUUAUUUUAUUUGAAGGUCACUGGUUUGAAUUACCUGUCUUGUUCAUUAUAUCGUAACAUUUCUAUUAGAGAAAAUCUAAUGUUGUAAUGUUGAAGAGAAUUUUGUUUUAUUUGAAGGUUUACUGGUUUUAAUUAGCCUACCUGUCUUGUUCAGUACGUGGUAUUUAUUUUGAAAAUAAAACAGUCUUGUUCUUAUGAAA